AUGGCGCAUGGCGUUGACCAGGGGCGGCCAAAGUCUGGCGCCGAAGUGAAUGACCCGCGCAAAGUGUGGGGGCAUCUCCAUGUCUCGGAGAACCCCGGCAACCGAAGCUCUGGGCGCGUCGCGAUCAGCAACGCGUUGGCGUUGGACGUGUCUCCAGCCACAGUGGGGCCAUACCUGAACAUCGAUGACCGCAUGUGGCUUACCAUAUACACAUACGGCGACUUUGUCCAUAUGGCGCCCAAAGAGCCGAGUCAGAAGCGACAACGCGGCCGGCCGCCGGGCGCGUCCAAGACUGCAGUGAGCGCGUCGGGUCGCAGGCCGAACGAAGAACCCCUCCGAGAGCCGACCAAUGCUGCAGAAGGUGAAAAAACUGCUUCGAUGUCGAAGAAACGAGGACGGCCGCGCAAGAGCAUUGGUUCUGCAGCGCACGACGAAACCCCACCCUCGCCGGCGGAGACCAGCGAAGCCAGCAUUCCCUCGAGCGGUGCGCCGAAGAAGAGGGGACGGCCUCCAAAGUCCCGCGGUCCGGAAGAGAUAGACGCCGCUGAUUCGCCGCCGCGCAAGCGAAGAAGGGGCGAGGAAGCGGGCGAGGAAGUGGGUGGACGGAAAGGCGGCGCGGGGACUAAGAACCCCCGGUCAGGAGAGACUGCAGCCAAUGCGUCCCAGAAUGUCCCUGAGUCCGAGGAACGGGACAUAGCAGAGGAGGGGAGUCGUAGAAACAGGAGGAACCGUCAACGCGACAACAGUCCAGCGCCAGCGCCAGCGCCAGCACCAGCGCCAGCGAGAGGGAUGAGGACCAAGCAGGGUCAGGAGGGCAAUUCAAAGGGGAAGUCGCGACAGAAGCCUGCAAGUCACGAAGAACAACGGAUCAAUGAAGUCGAGACCGCGGAGGACACCUCGGGUCGACGAAGCAGAAGAGAGCGCCGAUCUGCCGACGACAAACCGUGGUGGGCUGUCCAACAACCAUCUGCCCAGACCGCUGGCGCUGAAGAUGAGCGGCCAGGACAGUCUCAGAAAAGGAGGCGCGGCCGGCCGUCUCUUGCGGAGGUAUCGGUCGCCAAAGCACAGAACCAAGCCGGCCCGGCUCAGAGUAAUCAGCAAGGAAAGCCGAAACGACGUGGGCGGCCCUCUCAUACCUCCGACGAAGGCGACGGUGGCAAAGAAACUGCCGAGCCUUCGCCGUCGACGACCGCCCAAAGUUCGCAAGCCAAACAGUCCUCUACCCGCCCUCGCCCCUCUUCUCCAGACGAACGGCCCGCGUCCCACGGACGAGAACAUCCCGCCGCCCUAGCCAAAUACCACCACCUGACCACGCGCACGCGCCAGAUCCCGCGAUCCACCAUCACCUCCAAAUGGUCGCCCCUAACGGCCCCGUCCAUAGCGGCCAUCGACGCCAUCCUCACCGACGCCGCCCGCCCUGUGCUCCACCGGCUGCGCGACCGCGACCAGCGCCGCGCCCAAGCGCAGACCAUCCUGCGCCUGUUCACCGCCCGCCUGCGCGGCAAGCUCGUCAAGGGCAUGCCCUUUCCCCCCGCCACCACCACCACCACCUCUUCGUCCUCCCCCUCUUCCGCCCCUCCCUCCAAACCAAGAACCACAAGAGCCAGCAGCAGCAGCAGCAAGCGACAGCAGCAGCAGCACGAACCCCGCGACGGCGGCCGCGAGGCGGAGCUGGACUUCGAGAAGACGGUCGACGCCAUCGCCGCGCUCGAGAGGGUGCUCGACCCGCUGCUGCACUCCGCCGCGCUGCUGCGCGCCGAGCGCGACCGCGAGCAGCGCGCCCUCAAGCGGGACUACGCGCUGCUCCGCCGGCUCGAGGCGAAUGCGCGCGCCCAGGCGCGCAGCUGGCGGGAGGGCCGCGGCAGGGAGCAUGUGCUUGCUGCGGCGGUUGGGGCUGGGGCUGGGCCCGGGGCUGGGGCUGGGCCCGGGGCCGGCGCGGGGGAGGUGGUGGUUGUUGCGAAGUCCGGUUCGGGUUCGGGGGGAGGAAAUGGUGCUGUUUUUCAGGACCUGCAAGACGAGGAGGAACUGCUGGCGCUGUCGCAGCAGAUUGGCAGCCACAUGGAGAGCAUGCGGAGCAACCUGGCGCAGAUCGAGGGCGUGCUGCCCGCCAUCGCGAAGAGCAGGGCCGCGCUGCAGGGCGUGCUCUGUGAGCUUCUGAGUCCGGAGCAGUACGAGCAGGUGCUGCUUGGCUAA